GUCUCCUUCGGCUCUCCGUAGAUCACCGACAUAUUGUUUGUGAGGAGCAAAUUCUGGAAGACAAGGAGAGUGUUAAGAUUACAGCGUCGAUAUAACCAGUCAUCAAAUCGUAUAUCAGUAAAGAAAGCACGAUGGAGCCUUCAGGAAGUCCUGCGAAGGAUAAUUUCAGAAUGAACCGCUACAAGAACAAAGCACUCAACCUGGAUGAGAUGCGUCGGAGAAGAGAGGAGGAAGGCAUUCAGCUGAGGAAACAGAAACGAGAGCAACAGCUGUUUAAGAGGAGAAAUGUGGAGCUGCUUGGUGAAGAAGGGGGGAUGUUUGACAGUCCACUUAUGGAUUCCUUCAUCUCCUCCACCACAGCCCCAGAUGGAGUAAUUACAAGAGACAUGGUUGAAAUGCUUUUCUCUGAAGAUCAUGAAUUACAACUGGUCACAACACAGAGGUUCAGAAAACUACUUUCCAAAGAACCAAACCCUCCUAUUGACGAGGUGAUAAGCACACCAGGAGUUGUGAAUAGAUUUGUUGAGUUCCUUCAGAAAAGUACAAAUUGCACAUUACAGUUUGAGGCCGCUUGGGCACUGACCAACAUUGCAUCUGGAACAUCUCAGCAGACGAAGUUUGUGAUCGAGGCCGGUGCCGUACCUGUCUUUAUUGAGCUUCUCAAUUCAGAGUUUGAAGAUGUGCAGGAGCAGGCUGUUUGGGCUUUGGGGAACAUUGCGGGAGACAGCGCUGUGUGCAGAGAUUAUGUGCUAAACUGUAAUAUCCUUCCUCCUCUACUAAUGCUGCUGACCAAAUCAACCCGUCUCACAAUGACCAGGAAUGCUGUGUGGGCCUUGUCCAACCUCUGCAGAGGCAAAAGUCCACCCCCAGACUUUGAAAAGGUGUCUCCAUGCCUGCCUGUGCUGUCCCGUCUUUUGUUCAGCAGUGAUUCAGACCUGCUGGCGGAUGCCUGUUGGGCUUUGUCCUAUCUCUCCGAUGGACCCAAUGAGAAGAUCCAGGCAGUUAUUGAUUCAGGGGUCUGCAGGAGGCUGGUGGAGCUGCUCAUGCACACCGAUUACAAGGUGGCCUCUCCUGCUCUGAGGGCCGUUGGAAACAUUGUUACAGGAGAUGACAUUCAGACACAGGUGGUGUUGAACUGUUCAGCUCUCCCCUGUCUCCUGCACCUGCUCAGUAGCGCCAAGGAAUCCAUCAGGAAGGAGGCCUGCUGGACUAUCUCCAACAUCACAGCAGGAAACAGAGCGCAGAUUCAGGCCGUAAUAGAUGCAAACAUCUUCCCAGUCUUGAUAGAUAUCCUACAGAAAGCUGAAUUCCGCACCAGGAAGGAGGCGGCGUGGGCGAUCACUAAUGCCACGUCAGGUGGCACACCCGAGCAGAUCAGGUAUCUGGUGAAUUUGGGCUGCAUUAAACCUCUCUGUGAUCUGUUGACUGUGAUGGACUCCAAGAUCGUUCUGGUGGCUCUGAAUGGUCUGGAGAACAUUCUCAGACUGGGCGAGCAGGAGGCCAAACAGAACGGCAGCGGCCUCAACCCUUACUGCAGUCUGAUAGAGGAAGCCUAUGGGUUGGACAAAAUCGAGUUCCUACAGAGUCAUGAAAAUCAGGAGAUCUACCAGAAAGCCUUUGACCUCAUCGAGCACUAUUUUGGAGUAGAGGAAGAGGAUGCCAGUCUGGCACCACAGGUGGAUGAGAACCAGCAGCAGUUUCUUUUCCCGCAGCAGGAGGCCCCCAUGGAGGGCUUCCAGCUAUAACCAGCCUUCUGACUCUUCCCGGCCGCCCCUUACCUUUACACCCAUCCCUACACCCAAUACCGGUAUUAAAACAUACGUCAGAAACGCUCAACCACUGAAAUCUGAGUGAACCAAAUUUCGACCCAUUACCCAGACUGAUUUAUUUAGACACUGAGGUGUCUCAUACGGGGGAACAUAUCCACUGCCCCGUCACCCACAAGAGAGCUGGAUAUUAGUUUCUUUUGUUUCCCCCUCAGUGAUGCAGCUAUAUAAUCAUCCCCCUCAGGUAGAAAUCGUGGCGCUGUGUCUUUUUUUUUUUUUUUAACCGGAGGUAUGCUACAGUUCUCCCCUUUCACUGAAAGAUGAGAGAAUGGUUUUCUCAUUUAUUUAAAAUCAGAAAACCCAGAUCUUCAUCUUAUUCUUUUGAUCCUGGUUUGUUUUUCGUUUUGCGGUUAUAGAAUUCCUCUUUUUGUUCAUUAUUCAUAUCCUGGUAAUUAAACGAGCCUGGUUGUGUUUGAUAUGGCCGUGCUUUAUAAAUGAAACUCUACCGUAAUAUCUGCAGAUGCGUUUCAUGAGGAUUUAAGCACUCUUCUAAGCCUUUGUGAAGCGGUUUAAUUUCUCUUAGUAUUAGUAUUCAUCAUUUCAGAACAUGCUGGGAGUGGAGUUUAUGUAGAGUCUAUUUGACGUGGUGGUGGUGGGUGGUGUUGAAAUAAUCCAGGUAUUUUAGUAAAAGAGUAUCCUAACAAAAAAAGUCAUUUAUUGUUUAAAGACAAUGACUGGAAAAGUGGGGCCCAAAGAGCCCAUUUAGUAAAGAUGAUGCCCAGUUUUCUUUCUUUCUUUUUUUUUUUAAAAACAGUCAGAGGUGAAAUAUCUAGUUGUAGGAUGUUCGUGGUGUGCAGUGUUAUGAAUAACUCUUCUUUUGAUCAAAAGGCUUUAACUUUGAAAUGUGUUCUGGUGGAAAUACACACAUCUGAGGGCCGGAUUGAUGCACAUGAUGGAGUCUUAAUUCUGCUCUGUUUUUCUCGUCAUUAAUUGGCGCAUAGUAAUUCUGGGUGGUUCGAGGUGUUUGUUCAGCGCAGCCCUCAGUAUGUGCAUGUUGGGGUUUUGCAUGGUGUUCAACAAUCAUUUUGUAUCCCUUGCCAGAUCUUCAUUCAACAAUUAGCUUGCACUCAUUAGAUGGAGUAGUUCUGGUUUCUGUAGUUUUGCAGGUGCUGUAGGUAUGGCAAGGAAUACUGAUUUAAAUAAUGAAAUAUAUGGGCAAAAAAAAAAUAUAUAUAAGAUAUUAUGUUCUAUUUGCACACACCUUGCACACAUGCAUACAAGACCAGCAUACACUUCAUAAACAUGUACACAAACAGAUUAGCAUAAAACAGAGGGGAAAUGACUUCCAUAAUCUCCCAAAUCCUUUUUCUUUUUUUUUUUUCACGUUGAUUUGUUCCACCGUUUGGCACUUUUUGAGUUGAUGCACUAGUUAAACACACCUGGGUUUGAUGUUGGACUGCUGUGGAUUGAAUGAAAAGUUUGAAUAUUAACCCCUCGCCCCAUACGAAAUUUACUGUGGUUUACUUUAAAACUGUGAGUAAACUUUUCGUGUCAUUAUGGAAGCAUUUUUCCUCUACCUCCAGAGUACACUGACCGAAGGAUGCUUCUCUGAGUGAAUGCUAGGGGUCAUUUGAUUUAGGACGGGCCUGUAUCUAUGAAAACAUAGCGAGACGUUGACUGACGGAUGAUGUGUUAUAUCAGCAUCCUGUGUUUGGUUGACUAGUAUCUAGAAGCCUUUUCCUUCUAUAAAUGUCAAUCUGAUGCAAUUUCCUGAUCAGAACUGAUAACCGAAAGGAGGUUUCCAAACUAAUUCUGGUUCAAGAACCUUUUUGAAGUCAAGACUUGAAUUUAACUCUUUGAAAACGUACCUCUCCACGAUCUGAUGUUCUUUGACAACAGUAUCAACUUUAAAUUGGUUCAAAUCCUAGUUCUGUGUGAUAUUAGAUAACAUUUGCUGCAUUUACAGGAAGUCCAUCUCAGAAUGAGGAUGCUGCAGUCAUCCAGAUUUCCAUACACAUCAGAGAAAUGGGAAAAUAGACUGAAAUGUUUAGGGGGAAGAGAAGUAAACUAUGCUUAUUAAAAUAUAUCUAAUGGUCUACAAGACCACGGGUGUGUUGAUCAAAAAAACGCAAAGAAACGAUCUCUUAAUGGAAAUGCACUCCUAUUCACAAAAGUGCCAAUCAGACCAACAAAGACAAGAGGCUGAUGCGUAUCAAUGUCUUUGAAUUUUUUUUCUUUUUUUUUUUUUCUUUUUUGUUUACUUGAAUGUGCGCACAUGUUGUGCAAAUAUUGCUGCUCUAUUUUCUUAUCUUACAAAUUAGAGGUUACAUUGUCUGCCACAGUUUCAGUAGAGAUGUGAUGGUCUGCUAUUUGUACACCAAAUUGGUAAACUCAAAGUUAUAAAGAUAAAAAUGCAUAAUUUAUUGUGCUGGAUUAAUUAAUACUUUCAACCAAGGCCAAUGCAAUGUUGAAAUACUGUCUCAGUGUGUACUGUUUGCUUAGCUUGUGUUCCUUUUGAACGUUGUUCUGUUGGCAUAGAGGAAGUGAGAAAAAUUGCUAACAAUUGAAGGAGAAACUCUGUAAGUUCUUUUCUUGCCCUUGUUGAGGUUUUUUGUGUGUGUUUGUCUUGUUUAUGAGCGUACGAGCUGACCAUGUAGACCCAAUGUUGUUUCAAGUCUAACUUCCCUGUGUAAUUAACUGUAGCACAAUUACAGCAAAUCCAAAUCACUUCAGGCCUCUUUCGUAGAUGUUUUGUUCUCAUUUAAGGACAUUCACUUUAAGAAGCCAAAAGUUUUUUUUUUUUUCAAAACAAAACUGGGUGUUAUAUGAUCCGUGUAUCUCUGUGAACUACAAUUCAACCAGAAAUUUAACGGUUAUAUUGUUAUAUUGGCACAGUUUAAAGUUGCAGUCCUUGCAUUGCUCUUUACUCCUUAAAAUAACUUCUGAGAAGUGCAGAAAACAAAAAUAUUUACAAAAGGCCACAAGUAUGUAAAAUUGGGUCUUUAUGGUCUUCCGUCCUAGAUCUUGUAGAUGUUGACAUUUGGAGACUUUUGUCUCUUCCGAACCUGGAGCUGAUGCAUAUGGCUGUGUCUAGUAAUGCUGACUCACCUGUGUUUACAAUGCUACAUGUUUAAGUACUUUUCAUACACAAUAUUAAGACUUGCCCAGGUGGAUGUUGUAUCCUGGUUUGGUAAUUUCUUUCCUUUCAAAUGUAUUUAUAUUUAAAUCUUCUUCUCUUUUUUUUCCUCCUCUGCCUACAAUUGCCCAUACUGUGACUGACUUGACUUUACCGACGAUAUGAAUGAGUGACGGACACACAAACUGAACAUGUCACACAAACAUAUACAUUAACAAUUCUGAACAAAUGUUUUUGUUUUCUUUUUUUCUUUUUUGUCCAGAUACAAAUAAAAGAAUAAAACACC